UAAGUUUUGCAAAUAUGGAAACCGUAAUCUAAUUAUUAUGUAUUUUAUAUAUAAUUUUUUAAUUUGAAAAUAGUAUAUAGUUUUGUAUUUUAACUAUUUUUAUGAAAUUGUUGUAUAAUUUGUAUUUUAUUUAUUAAAACCGACAAUGAAAUCAGCAGUUUUUAAAAUCUUAAAUAAAAAUAUCAAGUGAAUCAUAAAAGUAUAGAAAAGAAAAUCAUAAUUAGUAUAAAUUUUAACUCAUUUUAUCGAGUAUGGAUACAUUUGACAUAAAUUAUAAUACAAGCAAAAAUUACUGGUCUAAUACUCCAGCAUCAUUAGAUGGCAUGCUUGGAGGAUUUGCAAAACUUACUAUUCCAGAUAUUAAAGAGUCUAAUGUAUUUCUUAAAAAUUUGUUUAAAAUGAAAAAUGGACCGUCAAACCUGAGAGCACUUGAUUGUGGUGCAGGUAUAGGAAGGAUAUCAAAACAACUACUAACUAAACACUUCACAUAUGUUGAUUUAUUGGAACAAGAUAAAAAAUUUGUUGAAAAAGCUCAAAUUAUUCUACAAGGAACAAAUGUAGUCAACUUUUAUUGUGCUAGUCUUCAAGAUUUUUCACCUAAUAACAAUAUUAAAUAUGAUGUCAUUUGGAUUCAAUGGGUUCUUGGAUAUAUUACUAAUGAGGAUUUGAUUAAAUUUUUAAAAAAAUGUUGCAUGCUUCUUAACAAAAAUGGUGUUAUUGUGAUUAAAGAGAAUAUUUCAUCAUCUGAAGAAGGUGAUGUUGAUGCAAUUGAUAGUUCCGUAACAAGAAGUAUUGAUAGCUUUUGUAAUAUUUACCAAGAAGCUAAUUUGAAGUGUAUUACUAGAAAAACACAACAAAAUUUUCCUAAGGGAAUGUAUAAAGUUGAAACAUUUGCGUUGCAACCAAUUAUUAAAUAAAAACAUUUGUACAUGUCUAACA